AUGAAGAUGAUUAAUGGAAUUGUAUUUCACGACAAAAUUGUCCAUGGACUUCUUAUUCAUUUACAAUUACAUGUUACUAUGGCAUCAUCUAAGGAUCAAUCACUUUUGGAUAUUUAUUCUACACAAUUAACAAAUUUUAUUGUUGUAUCAUUAUUUGAAUUACGAUUAAUUGAUCCAUUUAUUGUUACAUUUCGAGCAUUAGCAAACAGAAAAAAUAUCAAUCGUCCUUUCCGUUUAGUUUGGUCCAUAAUUGGAUUUAUCUUCUAUGAUAGUACCAUUUAUUUGAAUUUAAAAUUUCUAUGGUUUCAUAAUAUCUCUAAUUUUAUUUUAGCUAAACAAUUCUAA